GUAUUUUCCAGAAAAUUUUCCAUUCCGGGUGAUCCUAACACUGGGCAGUGGCGUAUUGUUGUCGACGAUACGAAAAGGAAAACAGAAAAAACAUUCAUAGUUCGAAAAUAUGUUGUUCCAAAGUACAAAGUUGAUAUAUCAUGUCCCAAGUUUUUCACCAGAUCUACAAGGAGUUUGCGAUGCCUUGUCAAAGCUAGGUAUACGUUUGGCAGAAAAGUAAAUGGUGUAGUUCAUGCCCAGCUUGUAACAAAGACGAGAAACGGUGACAAGUUUUUAUACAAUCAUCAUGAUAAUAUAAGAGGAGAGUUUUGGAUAACGACGACGAAAAUUACUAGCAUCAAUUUCGAAAACGAUAUCGAAGUAAUAGCUCGAGUAAGCGACCCUUCCACUGGCACAACUGUCGUCAAUUCAGCUGUCAUAAAUUUCAAACGAGAUGCAAAAAUGAUAUGGUCUUUGGAACCGAUUAGAAAGCAUUUUCAACCGGGAUUGAAAUUUGUUACAUUCAUGAAAUUUCAAAAUUUGAAGAGUUACCGAAUGCUUGUCUCUGUCAAAAUGACCAAGAAAGCGUUAAAGACAUGUUUUGGCGUGUAUAAAUAUGUGGAUAUCUCUUCCGAAAUGAAAACGAAACAUGUCUCUGUUGAUAGCCAUGGUUACGGCAAACUCACUUUAAAUAUUGAUACUGAUGUAAUGGAGUUAAAAUUAAUUACACAUCACCAAUCGGACAGACAUGAGGAGACUCUUUCCCCAGCGACGAGACCUGGUCUAGCAAUUCUACCUGAACAUUAUCUUGGCGUGGUUGGAUCUUCUUUAAAAUUUCAAAUUGUUACCAAAUCAUCAGUAAAAGGACCUCUUUGGUACUCUAUAACCUCCAGAGGAAGUGAAAUAAGUGGUGGUAAAUGCAGUGAUGGCUCGAGAUUUAGUUCCAGCUUUACCUGUUCCUUAAUGAUUGAACCUAACUUUUAUCCUGCUUUUCAACUUUUAUUUUAUCAUGUUAAAUCUGACGGAGUUGUUAUGAGUGAUUCUGUGCAUAUAAAAGUACGAGGAAACCCAACAAAGAAAUUUUUCAGCAUUUCUAAAGACAAAAGAGGAACUUAUAAACCAGGAGAAAAGAUACAAUUUACUUUGCGAUCACAUGGUUCACCUCGCACCUCUGUUGUUCACAUUAUGGCCAUUGACGAAGCUAUACAGAAAUCUCAGUCUGGAUUUGAUAUAACGAUGCAUGACAUUCAAUCAUUACUAAACGGAAUAGUCUUCUCUGGGACUCAAAAGUAUGAGACUAUUAAUCUCGAGGGAGGAAAGAAGUCGAAAAAGUCAGAGUUUUCCAAAUAUCCGAAGACAUGCAAAGAUCCUUGUACCAGUUCCCCGUGCAAAAAUCAAGGAAAAUGCAUUAUGAAAUCUUAUAAUGAUUUCAAGUGCAAGUGUAGAAACUUUUAUUACGGAAAUUUAUGUGAAAAGUAUAAGAGUCCUUGGAUUUUAUAUUCUAAAAAUAUUAAUGUGCCAAGAAGAAAAGUGUUAUUUUCAAUAUCAUCGAUUCCCGGGAUCUUCCCAGGACGUCGACCGAAAGUCAUUCCUGGACGUGGAUCAUUACCUGUGAAAAAAAUUCAGGGAAAUUUAUUGAAUAGAAUCCCAGAUGCCACGACCAAGAGAUUAUAUUUUCCUAAGACAUGGAUAUGGGAGGAUGUAAACAUGAGGUUAAAUUCCUCGAUAAGUUAUACACGUGUUAAUCAAUGA